GAGUGAAAUGCGGACUCACUGCUGUCAAUAUGGCAAGUCUGUUCGCCAUGCUGACCCUGCUGGCUGUGUUGUUUGGUGGUUUUCAUCAGACAACCUCUGACAGAGGGUACAGCUCCAUCAUCUAUGUGACCAAUGAAGGGCCAUGGGGAGACUGGCACAGUAAACAGAUGUGUCCGGAAAACUCCUUUGCAAUUGGCUUCAGUCAGAGGGUGGAGCCUGGCCAGGGAAGGGGUGAUGACACCGCCCUGAACGGGAUCCGUCUCUACUGUGCCGCGGAAAACCGUGAGGGCUUCACACACACUGUUGAGUCUCAUGCUGGCUACUGGGGUGAUUGGACCACGCCUCAGUACUGCCCCAGUGGCGUGCUCACUGCCUUCCAGCUCUCAGUUGAGGCUCCUAUUGGACGUGGCGAUGACACUGCUGCCAACAACAUUAAGUUCCGUUGCAGCACACACACCGAACUGGAGGGGGAGGGCAUGCCCUGGGGAGAAUACGGCUCAUGGAGUAAUACGUGCAACAAUGGAGGAAUCUGCGGCAUCAGGACCAAGGUGGAGGGAAGGCAGGGUGAGGGCGAUGACACCGCUCUCAAUGAUGUGCUAUUCUACUGCUGUGAAAGACCAGCAGAACAGGCAGUCUUCAGAUAUCACAGGUCCGUCCUCUCCGUGUCCAAUGGAGGAUCAUGGGGAGACUGGCACAGUUCUGAAAUGUGUCCGGGGAACUCCUUUGCUGUCGGCUUCAGUCAGAGGGUGGAGCCUGGCCAGGGAGAUGGUGACGACACCGCCCUGAACGGGAUCCGUCUGUACUGUGCCACGGAAAACCAUGAGGGCUUUAUACACUAUGUUGAGUCUCAUGCUGGCUACUGGGGUGAUUGGACCACGCCUCAGUACUGCCCCAGUGGCGUGCUCACUGCCUUCCAGCUCUCAGUUGAGGCUCCUAUUGGACGUGGCGAUGACACUGCUGCCAACAACAUUAAGUUCCGUUGCAGCACACACACCAUACUGGAGGGGGAGGGCAUGCCCUGGGGAGAGUAUGGCUCAUGGAGUGAUACGUGUAACGGUGGAGGAAUCUGUGGCAUCAGGACCAAGGUGGAGGGAAGGCAGGGUGAGGGCGAUGACACCGCCCUCAAUGAUGUGCAGUUCUACUGCUGUUCCAACUAAUAAGUGUACUAAAGUGGGCCUGUGCAGAACUGACCAGUUUGAUGGAGUGACUCUGCAUCACCCUGAAACUAAAGAUGAUGAACAAUAAAAAGCUUUGAUUUUCUUUGUUUAUAUUGCUACUUUAUUUUUUUUUUAUUCGCAUUG